AUGGUGGACUUUGCGGAGGCCAUUGAGGACUGCAGGAUACUAGACCCGGGAUUUGAUGGGUCGGAGUUCACGUGGGCCAAGAAUGGCCUUUUUGAAAGAUUGGAUAGAAUCCUUGUGAACGAACGAUGGGCACAAACCUUGGAAACUACUCGGGUGACGAACCUACCCCGGAUUGCCUCGGACCACGGGCCUGUGUUGGUAAGAUGCAAAGUGACAAGCAACAACAGCGGGGAUAGGCCAUUCAGGUUCCAAAACAUGUGGGUUAGGCACGAGGGAUUUGAGGACCUUGUUCGGGGAGAUUGGAGCCAACCGACGGAGUCCGGAGGCCUCCUCAAUUUCCAAAUCAAACUUGCUCGACUAAAGAGAAUCCUAAAGGUAUGGAACAAGGAGACCUUUGGGAACAUCCAUAACAACCUCAGGGAUAUGGAGGUGAAAAUCGCACUGGCCCAAAGCGAUUUCGAAGAAAGGCCAACCCCGGAGAACAGGACAGAGAUCAAUAGAUGCAUUGCCGAGUACAUUCGACUCUUUAAAAUGGAGGAGGUCUUCUAG